AUGACUAGCGUAGUCGAUGCAGAUAUGGGAUACGUCUUCUUAGUGUUUCUAUCUAGAGAAGGGAACAUCUGGUUAUGUAACAGAUAUCCACCCUCUUUCAUUUCAUUGCUCAACUUUACAAAAUUGAAAAAUGGUUCGCUCCAACAAAUUGAAGAGUCACAAGGACCCACGGAUGGAAAGCGGUUGAGAGCUAAUAUGCGCGAACGUCAACGAGUGUCCCAAAUGAACGAAAUGUUCGAUGUUCUCAUCAGUCUUCUUCCACCAUCGGAAUUCAGGCUUCGUUUUUCAAGAGCACAGGCAUUACGAGAAGCCGCCAAGUACAUCAAUCAACUCAUCGAGCAUCUGGAGACUUCUGACGACAGUGACGCCAUCACAAAGUUUCCUCACAUUUUCCUGGAGGAGCGUCGAUCGAAAACUGUAAACUACCGUACUCCAGUCAACAGUUCAAGUGUUACAGCAUUCAUUUCAAGACACGAUUUGCCAGUUCUGACUCCACUCGUCUCACAGAAUCCAAUUUAUCCGUCGCCCCCAACUACUUCUUUCAUUAUUUCCGGAAGUUUCGAACCAUUUUUCCAUGGUUAA